AUGAUGCGACAAGCUCUACGCUCUACAUUCUACAACGUUUUCUCCAGGGAGACUAAGGGAGGUAUCGAGGUUGUUCCAUUCGCGCCCGCACCCCAGGGCAGUAAGGAACCAACUUUAGAUCCAGGAAAAAUUGCGAAACUCGGUGCAGUGUUACCGUUCACCGUCGAGGACCGCCAGCUGUUUAUCUACGUCGGUGACCUACGAACUCCUAUCGAGGACUCCCUCGUAGACCCUCUUUUACCUUACGGCCCACUCCUCCAAGGGGAUGAGAGAGAGUUCUGGCCGGUUCAUCGUGCUUUUCUGAUCGAUAAGGAUCCCACCAGAACAAAACAUGACCUAGUCCUCCUUGCUAAGAAAGCAAAGCUGCCAAUUGAAAUUAUUCACGAUAUACCUUUUAAAAAGUUACAAGAAGAAUCUUUGGGGAGUGGCGAGGCUGAAGAGCAUCGAAUCAGUACCGAGGGUGCAUUUCUUGCCCUAAAACACCUGGGAACAGCUAUGGAUCCUUCGGCUUAUAAAGCUGCCACCCUUUCUGAUGAAUGGAGGCAGUCGAGGAUUACGGAUGUAAUAAGUUUACUUCUAAAUGCUGUUGGGAGAAGGGAUCAAUGCUCCGAUCAAAUACCCCUUCACGUUCGAGAUUCCUUAGCCGGGCUUCUGUCAACGGACAUACUGGAGCGCUGCAGAGUAGUUGACUUCGAUACGUAUUUUGGGGAGCUUGAAACGACAAAGAAAGAAUGGAUCGAUGAAGAGGUUAAGAGUGCUGUUUUGGAAAUCCUAAACGAUAUUGGCAGCUUAACCGUCCAAACCGGUCGUCCAAACCCAUUCACAGUGCACCCCCAAACCCGAAAGAUACGCAAUUCCGUUGAGAGCGGUAUUCUAUCCACUUCAGAAAUUAGAUUCCAGGAACUAUAUUAUCUGUUUAACAAGUGUCAAUCAUCCGAGUCUUCCGGUAAUAGUUCCUUGAGUCCAGAAUACCAGUUCUUCCCCAAGUUUAGGUCACAGAUCUUACAACUUGGAGAAUCACUAAGCUCACAUGUAAGAAAUCAUCGAUGGGACUUCUUUUCUUCGUGCGGCUGGGGGGCAGCAGCUACGGGGCUCUUGGUAAAUUACAGCAUCGAUCCAACUAUUGCGCUAUCUAUUUUCGCGCUCAUCGUGGCGGUUUCUUUGAAGAGAUUCAGAUCCGAGACUAGAGAAUUAUGGUAUUCUUAUGAAAAGCAAUCGGCAGUUAUGGCUCGCAAACUUUUAGAUGAUUUGCAUACCUUUUUCAUGCGGUAUACAAUCCCCGAUCGCGAGACGGAUCUCAAACGAUACGAAAUGGAUAUGGAGGAGAUACUUCUGAUACGCAAAGAAGUUUCAGAGGCAAGAGAACUGUUGCUAAAGCUAGCCCCGUCCCUUCGAUCCCAGUUCCCAGAAUGGCAGAGUCCUUCGCCUUCGCCUGAGGAAACCCGGAGCUUAGAAGAAACUGGGAGCUGA